GUGCAAGAUGGUUACCGGUGGAGCGAAGCUAGCCUUGGUUCUGUUGUCUCUGCUGUUCUCAACUUACUACGCCGAAACCAGGAAUGUACUUCUUAUAGUCGCCGACGAUGGAGGCUUCGAGAUGGGGACCUACCGUAAUAAAAUCGUGCAGACUCCGAACUUGGACGCCCUCGCCAAAAACAGUUUGAUUUUCAACAAUGCCUACACUUCGGUCAGCAGUUGCUCGCCGAGUCGGGCUGCUUUGUUAACGGGAACUCCGAGCCAUCAGAAUGGAAUGUACGGUUUACAUCAAGGUGAACACCACUUUAAUUCCUUCGACGACAUGCGGAGUUUACCAAAAAUCUUGAAAGAUAAUCAAAUAAAGACAGGAAUUAUUGGUAAAAAGCAUGUAGGCCCGGGUGACGUUUUUCCCUUUGAUUAUUCACAAACCGAAGAAAAUAAUUCAAUCCUUCAGGUGGGAAGAAACAUAACGCACAUAAAAAAUCUUGCCAGAGAGUUUUUGAGCAAUGUUACACAACCUUUCUUCUUGUACGUCGCUUUCCAUGAUCCUCAUCGUUGCGGUCAUACAAAUCCAGAAUAUGGGGAAUUUUGUCAGAGAUUCGGAAAUGGCGAAGAAGACAUGGGGUCUAUACCGGAUUGGUCACCCAUUCAUUACGUGCCGGAGCAAAUCGAACUUCCGUACUUCAUGCCCGACACGAUGGAAGCGAGAAAAGACGUGGCCGCUCAGUACAUUACCAUAUCCCGUUUAGACCAAGGUGUGGGACUUCUUCUGCAGGAAUUGAAGAACGCGGGACACUCGAACGAUACUCUGGUGAUAUACACUUCGGAUAACGGUAUACCCUUUCCCAACGGCAGGACGAAUUUAUACGAUUCGGGUAUAGCCGAGCCGAUGUUCAUUUCCUCGCCCAGCCACAAGGAACGAAAAGGCAAAGUCACCUAUUCGUUGGCCAGCCUCCUUGAUAUCACGCCCACCGUCCUCGAUUGGUUCGACAUUAAUGAAGGCAACUCUAUCAAUAAUAAUCUGACCGGACGCAGCCUUCUCCCACUUCUGAUCAAAGAACCGCAAGACAGGAGCAAGGAAAUAGUGUUCGCUAGUCACAAUCUACACGAGGUGACUAUGUACUAUCCAAUGCGUGCAGCUCGUACGCAAAGAUACAAGUUAAUCCACAAUAUCAACUAUAACGCUCCAUUCCCAAUCGAUCAGGACUUCUUCCUAUCUCCAACAUUCCAGGAUUUACUAAACAAUACUCGCACCAAUCAACCGACCUACUGGUAUAAAACUCUGAAGAAAUAUUACCGCAGACCUGAAUGGGAAUUGUUCGACUUGAAGAAGGAUCCGGAGGAGUUGAACAAUGUAGCUGGCAAGGAGUCCUUCAAGGAGAUAUACGAGGACUUGAAAGGUAGAUUGCACGAGUGGCAGAAGGUGACUAAAGAUCCGUGGUUGUGCGCGCCUCACGCUGUAUACGAGGAUAAAGGGGAUUACAAAAACGAGCCUCAAUGUUUAUCACUCGAUAUUUAAUUCCACACUUCUCCAUAAACAACCAACAUAAAAUAUAAUAAAACCUUUAAACAUAACAAAUAAGGUAAUCAGACAAAAACAAGCUUCAUCAGUUUCCUCCCUCAUCAUUGAGCACAAAAUGUUCUACAUUUAGUAUAAAUGUUAUGUUAAUACUUAAUUAAUAAUUUUAUUAUUGACAUAUUUUUCCUUUUAGUAUAUUAAAUAUUAAUUUCAUCUUUAGAAAGGAUGAUUCAUCCUCAAAGUUUAAUCACAAUUUGUCUUAUUGGCAUUUUUAUAUAUUUUUUUAUAUUUUAAUUACUAAGUACUAGAGAAAGAUAAAUGUUUCCUAUCUACAAAGAUCUUUGUGCAUUAGUUAGUUAGUUCUUAGUAUUCCCCAUGUCUUUUUUUUUUCUUCAAGGUGCAUAAAUAAAAUAAUUAAAGAAAACAUUCUGUGUCUGUGUGUAAAAGAAAACAAUAACGAAAAUUAAAGCAUACGACCGCUCAA